AUGGCCGACUGGGACUACGACUACCUGAUCAAGCUGCUGGCCCUGGGGGACUCGGGCGUGGGAAAGACCACAUUCCUGUACAGGUACACCGACAACAAGUUCAACCGCAAGUUCACCACCACCGUGGGCAUCGACUUCCGGGAAAAGAGGCUGGUGUACGCGGGCACCAACGCCGACGGGACCGUGGAGAAGAACUUCCGAGUCCACCUCCAGCUUUGGGACACGGCCGGGCAGGAGAGGUUCCGCAGCCUCACCACCGCCUUCUUCCGGGACGCCAUGGGCUUCCUGCUCAUGUUCGACCUGACCAAUCUGCAGAGCUUCCUCAAUGUCCGGAACUGGAUGAGUCAGCUGCAGGCCAACGCGUACUGCGACAGUCCAGACGUGGUCCUGGUGGGCACCAAAGCCGACAUCACCAGCAUGAGGAGCGUCCACGCCAGGCAGGCCCGAGACAUGGCCGACAGAUACGGCAUCCCCUACUUUGAGACCAGCUCGGUGACGGGCACGGACGUGGACAAGGCGGUGAGGACCCUGCUGGACAUGGUGAUGAAGAGGAUGGAGCAGAGCGUCCACGGAAGUCACAGCUGCCAGGACAAUGGCCUCACGGCAAGCCGCCAGGUGGUGCAGGAGGCCACCGCCUGGCGAAGGUGCGCCUGCUGA